GGCAUCAAAACCCUACAACCACCAUAGCAUUAGCACAGCGCCGCGCAGCAGUUACUGCCGCCCCCAACUCUGUGCUCCGCCGUGUUGCCCCGCUCCCAUUGGCCGCCAUGGGCUCCUGCCUCUCCACCCAGCCCGGCGACGAGCCGGCCUGGCCGCUGCGGUGGCGCAAGAGGCCCCAUGGCGAGCGGGAGGGCACGGCCGCCGCCGGCGCCUUCUUCUCCGGCGGCGGCGCGGGUGGAGGCGGCAAGAAGCUCCCCGGCGAGGGCGAGAUGACCGAGGAGGAGCUCGCGCGGGUCCCCGGAAGGACGUGCGCCAACGGGGCGAGCGCCGCGGCGUGCCUCCACACGCAGCAGGGGCGGAAGGGCACCAACCAGGACGCCAUGGUCGUCUGGGAGAGUUUCAAUUCAAAUGAUAGUGUCUUCUGUGGCGUGUUUGAUGGUCAUGGUCCAUAUGGUCAUUUUGUCGCCAAAAAAGUUAGAGAUUCUCUUCCUGUUAAGUUACUCGCACAAUGGAAAACUAGUGCUAAUGUGGGCACUAGUCCUCAUCUAAACGGAAGCAUUUCCGGAAGUUUGAACUCCGAAGAAACAGCAUCUGCUGUUGAUGAUGAAUGGGGUGAGUCUGCUGAUGUUGAAGGGAGUGAUAUGCUUCCUGAGACAUUCCUUCCACUUAAACAGUCUUAUUUGAAGGCUUUCAAAUUGAUGGACAAGGAGCUCAAGAUGCAUCCUACGAUUGAUUGCUUUUGCAGUGGUAGCACGGCAGUCACAUUGGUCAAACAGGGAUGGGAUCUUGUAGUUGGAAAUCUUGGGGACUCGAGAGCAGUAAUGGCGACACGGGAUGCAGCUAACAAUCUAACUGCUGUACAACUCACUGUUGAUUUGAAGCCUAACCUUCCCAAGGAAGCUGAGAGGAUCCAGCAAUGCAGAGGAAGGGUUUUUGCUCUUCAAGAUGAGCCAGAAGUUUCAAGGGUAUGGUUGCCGAAUAAUGAUUCUCCUGGACUGGCAAUGGCAAGAGCUUUUGGAGACUUCUGCCUUAAAGAUUAUGGCUUAAUAUCUGUUCCACAGAUAUCAUAUCGCCGUCUUACUGAAAAGGAUGAGUUUAUAAUACUAGCCACUGAUGGGGUUUGGGACGUUCUUUCAAACAAGGAGGCUAUUGAUAUUGUGGCUGCAGCUCCAUCUCGAGCAACUGCUUCCAGGGCUCUCGUUGAUUGUGCUGUCAGAUCUUGGAGAUUGAAGUUCCCAACAUCCAAGAGUGAUGACUGCGCUGCUGUCUGCCUGUUCUUGGACCACGAAAAGUCACCUACUCUGGUUGAAGAGAGUGAAGCCGAGAAUGAAAAGGCAGAACCUGCCAAGGAUGCUUUAAUCUCAGAUGCCGGUGAUAAAAUCAAUGAAGACAUUGCAGAUGUGAAUGAACACAUCUCCAGGGAAGAGCAUAUCCCUGAGCCCACAUUGGAACACUCAUCCACGCUAAGAAAUGUUGAUGAGAUUAUGCCGGUGGACGAACCUCCUGUAUCAAAGGAACCUGAAAGGUGCGGGUCUGCCCGCAGCCUGGCUGACUGCAUAUCGACAAACGAGGAGGAGGAAUGGUCUGCGCUCGAAGGCGUGACACGGGUAAAUUCCCUCUUGAACCUUCCAAGAAAACUCUCAGGUGACAAGAAAUCUACCAGCUGGAAGAAGCGACGCUGAGCUAACAUUAUGAAAAAAAAAACCAUCUGCUCUGAUGAAAGUCAGGCAGGGUGCUCGCAGUGGCGCAUCACAGCCGAUACCGGCAUUUUUCAGCCGAGUGCGUGCAAAUUCUUCGGCCGAUUUUUAGGUCCCUGCCCUAGAUUGUUUCAGGCUGGCUGGCAGGUGUGUACAUUCAAGAAGAUUGUUUUUUCUUCUUCCUUGUGGUAUUUGUCAGGAGGCAUUCCAUGCCUGGGCUUCUUUACUUGUAUGUGCAUAUGAAAGUUUUUGUUCUGUGAGAAGCUUUUCUGUAAAUCAUGUAAGACCUCCUCUCUAAUGUCGGGAUGUUCGGUUGUAGCUGUACUAGAACAGUAACUCAAUUCUCUAUGUGUAGUAGGCCAUAUGAAUUUUCACCUCAAGAGUGUAAGCUUCUUUAAUCUGUACCGGCUCUUCUCAAGAUUA